AAACUUUCUGUCUUUUACUUAACUCUUUCUCUCUCUCUCCCUCUCUCUCAUUUCUCGUUUUCUCAUCUCUUUCCCCUUUCUUGUGUUCACACACCCAUCUUCCACUGAUUGUAUAGCUCAUCUAAUUCUAAACCCAUUUUAGGGUUUCUUCAUAUAAACAAUCUCCUCCCUUGCCCUACAAAUCUUUUCUUUUUCUGGAAACAACAAAAAAAAGUCUCUCACUCUUUAAUUCAUAGCAUCUGACUUUGCUCGUCUCUCUCCUUGAUUUUCCUUUGAAAUUCUUAUGUCUGCUUUUAUAAUUUGUGUAUAAGAGGUUUUGGGUUUUCGGAGUAAAUAUACACCCAAAUCUUCAAACUAACCAAAGAGCAAGAAAGAAAGAAAAACAGAGGAGACCAUGAAUUGUCUUUUCAUAUUCAACUCCAACAAACCUAAAUCCAGAAGAAACCUCCAGAAAGAGAACAAAAACAUUAAAGGAAGAGAGUUAUUACAAAAGUCAGCUCCAGGAUUAACGACCCGUACGAGAAGGAGGAACCAGGCGACGUCGUUUUCAUUCAAUCUCCCCGCACCGCCGAUACCUCUGCCAUCUCCAACGAGUUUAAGAGCCUUGCAUACAGGGAGAGAACAGAGUCAAGAUUUGAGGGUUUUCUCUUACAAGGAACUCAGUGACGCCACGUGCGGGUUUGACAGAAAGCUUAAGAUCGGAGAAGGUGGCUUUGGUAGUGUUUAUAAAGCCACCAUUGACAAUCCCACCGGAGGAGAUUCUCACUCUCCUCCACUUACCGUCGCCGUUAAGAAACUCAAUCGACAAAGCCUACAGGGGCACAAGCAAUGGCUUGCAGAGGUUCAGUUGUUGGGCGUAGUGAAUCACCCCAACGUAGUUAAACUCUUAGGAUAUUGCUCAGAGGAUACAGAGAGGCUUUUGGUUUACGAGUUGAUGUCUAAUCUCAGCCUAGAGGAUCAUCUCUUCACUCGAACAACCACAACGUUGCCGUGGAAACAAAGGCUUGAGAUCAUGCUCGGUGCAGCUCAAGGAUUGGCUUAUUUGCACGAAAUCCAGAUAAUAUACAGAGACUUCAAAUCAUCAAACGUGCUUUUGGACGAUAAUUUUAAUCCGAAAUUAUCGGACUUUGGUCUCGCUAGAGAAGGUCCCCAAGGAAACAAAACUCACGUUACGACCGCCCUACGAAGCAAGUAUCCAGUUGAUAUGGUUAGAAGAGUGGCUAAAUUGGCUGAUCAUUGUCUGAAGAAGAACAAUAAAGAGAGACCCACCAUGGCCUUUGUUGUUCAAAGUCUUAAGAAGAUCAUUGAGGAAUCAAAUGCCGGAGAUAUGAGAAGUUCUGUCGGAGAAUUGAGGAGAGGGGUUAUUUGA